AUGAAAAAAUAUGUUCUGUUGAAUGAUAAAAUGGUAGAGGAGAUAGCAUAAAAUCUGAACUAUAAAGUUUUAGUAAAAUUAAUUCAUCUAACAACUCCAUAUAAUACUACGGUUUUCAAAGAUUAUGAAUAUCCUUCUGGACAUCUCUAUGCUAUUUUAGUAUAUUUAACUGGAGAAUAAAGAUAGUAUUAUUAUUAAGGAUUGCUAAAACUCGAGAAUCUAUUCUAAAAUUCUUAAAGCCUAUUAUAUGUUUAUUGGUCACAAUAUUGUCAAAUAACUAUCUACCAAAACAAAAAUAUUGACACUUCUAUACUUCAUUUAGUUCAUCUUGGUAUCUUAGGUUAAUACUUAGAUAAUUUUGACGAACUUAACUAAUAUUAUAAUUAUUUGCAUGUUAAAUCCAUUAAUGAAUAAUUACAUACAUUUACAGUCUAUGAAGGAAGUGGAGCGAAAAUAAGGAUAAUACUAGAUUUGAAAUGUGUCUUAAAGCUGUUUUGA